UGAUGAAAAGUCAGCAACCAGGAGAAGACCGAGGAAGACGUAUUGCAAGGAGGACCUAUAGGGGGGUUGCCGGAUGGUGGGGUGGGCGAACACUUGGCGGGCCGGCGUUUGAGAUUGAACGUUUCUGAUGCUCCGAAUCUGACUGGCCGACUGGACCAGCAAAUUGCAAGGCAAGACAUGGAGUUCCAGGUCUCCUGCCCAGCCAGCCGGCCGCGUUAAGAGGAAAAUGGUCCGGCUACGGCCACCAGCAUGGUUCUGUGCCCUGUGCUCGGGCUUUCCUGGGGGAAUCGGAGCGCCUCCUCGAACACCAUCAACCUCGAUGCUCACCGUUGAACCCCAUCAACGCCGGUCGCACCCUAGCUUGUUGCCAACGCGGAACCUGCGUCGACCCGCACUCGCGGAUCGCCAUAACGGUGGUAUGCCGCAUAACCACCAGAUGCAGAUAUCAACGGCGAGAUUAUCGGAAAAGAGGAGGUUUUGGAGAAACGGAGACAACCAAGGGAACGGAGUUACGAACCACACAUUGUGUCCACCAAUCCACGAUUCGACUCUGGCGCCGUUCAACGGUUACUUGGCAGGCCUUGGCUUAGUCCGUCACCCAGGCCAUGAAUCCAUCCAUACGCAGAAGGGAUUUGAAAUUAAGGUUGAGAACAUUCACCGUGGCACAAGAGCGCCCGUCUCCCAGCUUAAGUCGAGACAUCGAUGCGUGUCUGGUACGGCUGAAGCAUCUGAUGUCUUGAUGAUGAGCUAGAACUCAGCGUGCGAUGGCUCCCGCAAGCCUCAGACCGAAUUGGUGCAAUUAUUGCUCCUCUCGGAAACCUACGUCUGCAGAGUACCUAACCCACGCAUAGCGGACAGUUUACCCUUGAGACAACAAAUCCAUGGACCAAUGUGGCACUCAGACUCGUCCGGUCACAAGUGGCAUGUCUCAACAUGUUGCGAUUCAGAAGUUCGCCCCAUCAUGUCCGUCUGCGUACGCAUCUGCCCGUUUACCACCGGGGCCGUCUUGUCGACCGACGGGGUCCUGUUCUGCUCCAAUGCGGGAAACAACUUUGAAACAAGCCCUGCGAGACA